AUGGACCAACCUCAGCAGUGCGUGGCCAUGUAUCUGUUGCUGCUGUCUCUGGGACUUCUCAUGGACAGCGGGCUCUGUCAGCACUACUACCUCCUCCGCCCCAUCCCGAGCGACAGUCUGCCGCUGGUGGAGCUCAGAGAAGACCCGGACCCCGUCUUCGACCCCAAGGAGAGGGACCUCAACGAGACCGAGCUGAAGAGCGUCCUGGGGGACUUUGACAGCCACUUUCUGUCCGUCUCGCCGCCCGUGGAGGACAAGUACACCGGGAACGAGGAGCUCGACGACUCGGACGUGCAGAAGCCCGGCGGGGUGCUGCCCAAGGAGAUCCGAGCGAUGGACUUCGACGUGCAGUUCGGCAAGAAGCACAAGCCGAGUAAGAAACUGAAGCGGCGGCUGCAGCAGUGGCUGUGGGCGUACUCGUUCUGCCCGGUGGUCUACACCUGGACCGACCUGGGGAACCGGUUCUGGCCGCGGUUCGUGCGUGUGGGCAGCUGCCUCAGCAAGAGGUCGUGCUCGGUGCCGGAGGGGAUGGUGUGCAAGCCCGCGACCUCCACCCACCUGACGAUACUGAGGUGGAGAUGCGUGCAGAGGAAGGGGGGGCUGAAGUGCGCUUGGAUACCCGUGCAGUACCCCAUCAUCACAGACUGCAAAUGCUCCUGCUCCAGCUGA